AUGGAGGAUUUCAAGGAUCCAUGGGAGAGACCUGGGGGAAGUCUGACGAGCCGGGAUUUCCCGUCUGGGUUGCCGGAAGAGGACAAAGCCAAGGUGGUUUGGGUUGAGGUUGGGCCAGAUGGAGCUAGAGGCGGGAUAGAUGCGGUGGAUGAGGAGGAAGAGGAAGAGGAGGAAGAAGAUGGCGAGCAUCAGCAGUGGCAGUCACUGGGUCGCGGCGAGAAAUCUCAGCACCACCGCGGACGGAUUCCACUUUCCGACCCCAACGUCAUUUCCCUUCCCCCCUGUGAACCAUCCCAAAGCUUCCCCGCAACUAGCCGCAUUCGCGCGUCAUCCGAAAUCAUGGGCUCGUUUAUGGAGGAUCUCUGGUCCAGCAUCUUCACCCCGGGUCCCACCCACACCCUCCUCGUCGCAACCAACGUCACCUUCGCCGCUCUCCAGACCCUCCUGUUCGCCCUCCUCCUGGCCACCUACAGCAUCCACUUCGUCGCCUUAUCUGCCCUGUCUGGGGCCCUCUGGUGGUCCAUCAACUGGUUUGCUCGGGAGCUGAGGCAGGUGCAGGCCGCAGAGGCGGCGGAGGCAGAGAAGAGAGCGCAAUUGGAGGAGCCUGAGGAGGAAGAGGAAGACUCUCAGUCUGACAGCAAUCGCAAGACGCCGGGCGCACUUGAACAUACCGAGAGUGACACGGAGACGGAAGUUCUGGCCGAGCGCAAAGAUGUGGCUCCUAUCAGUCCCGUGCCUCGGUCUCCAGCUGCUUCGGCAACUCUCCGGCCGCCAGUGGAGCAGAGCCAGGUUCGGAAGCGCCUGAGCGUGAGCGGCGAUAGCUCAGGCUACGGGAGUACUGAUAGCGAGUGGGAGAAGGUCGAUGACGACAAAACGACCUAG